CAUAUCCGGGUGACAGAGCUGAGCAUCAACGUGCUGCUCCCCAUGUUACUAAACUAACCAGCAUCUGUUAUGCCUCUAAUAAUAAUGUGCGGAUACCCGUGUAGUGGUAAAACACGGAGGACAGAAGAACUGAAGGCGCAUUUUGAAGAGACCACCGACCGACAGGUUCACAUUGUUGGAGACCGAGCUCUGGGCGUUGAUAGAAACAGUGUUUAUGCAGAUUCCCAAAAAGAGAAGGAUACAAGAGCAUCUCUAAAAGCUGAAGUAGAGAGGAAGGUCAAUAAGGACAACAUUGUAAUUUUAGACUCAUUGAAUUACAUAAAAGGUUACCGCUACGAAUUGUUCUGUCUGACUAAGCAUGCGCAGACACCACACUGCCUGGUGCACUGCUUGACAUCAGGUGAAGAAAGCUCAUUGUGGAAUAAAAACAGAGAAGCUGCAGGGCGAUACAGCCAGGACAUCUUUGACGCACUAGUUCAGAGGUUUGAAGCACCAGACUCCAGGAACAGAUGGGACAGUCCUCUCUUCACUGUCCUAAAAGACGACAUUCUUCCUCUUGAAGCCGUUUCCGAUGCGCUUUUUAAGAGAAAAGCCCCCCCACCUAAUCAGUCCACCCAGAGCCAACCCCUCUCCUCAACAAACUUCCUGUAUGAGUUAGACAAAAUCACACAGGAUGUUUUGAUGGCUAUUUUUAACGCCCAGAAAACAAGUGUUCCUGGAGACCUUAUCUCAGUUCCAGGAGCUACAGAAAAGGUGGCGCUGACCAGGACCGUCAACAUGGCAGAGCUGAGGAAACUACGGCGCCAGUUCAUCAGUUACAGCAAGAUGCACCCGACGGAGAAAACGGGGCAGAUUGCCAACAUGUUUGUUCAGUAUUUAAAUAAGGGUCUUCAUUAAAUUAAAUUAAAGAGCUGGAUGGGUUUUAUCUGCUUCUUGACAAGUACAGAUGUUUAAAUUUAUUGCUGUAUCGUCUUUAUCUUGUUUUUUUUUGUAAUUAAAAUAAGUCAUAAAUUGA